CUUUUGCAUCUGCCAACUUUCCUUUUUUGAAAGGUGGUCGCUAAAUGAGGGGGUUCUGUGUGCUUGGCAAACUCAGGCAUCCCUUCUGUUGCAUGAAGAGCCAGGACAGUGCCUCCAGUGAUCUGGAGACUAGGAGGGAAUGUUGAUCAGGGAGCACCCCUGCGGUUGUUCAGUGGCGCAGGAACCAGAGCCCAGGCUGAGUCCGUAAAAAGCCGGAUCCGGACAGUGACUCCGGAACGGGAGAAAGAGGAAGAUGGAGGAGCCGGUGGAACCCGUGUACAGUGGGCAGUCCCUGCCCCCGGUUUACAUCUAUAGCCCCGAAUAUGUCAGGAUAUGCGACUCCCUAGCCAAAGUCCCUAAACGGGCCAGCAUGGUACAUUCUUUGAUUGAAGCAUAUUCACUGCAUAAACAAAUGAGGAUAGUUAAACCCAAAAUGGCAUCCAUGGAGGAGAUGGCUACUUUCCACACUGAUGAUUAUCUUCAGCAUCUCCAGAAGGUCAGCCAAGAAGGCGAUGACGAUCAUCCAGACUCUAUAGAAUAUGGACUAGGUUAUGACUGCCCAGCCACUGAAGGGAUAUUUGAAUAUGCAGCAGCUGUCGGAGGGGCUACAAUCACAGCUGCCCAGUGCCUGAUUGACGGGAUGUGCAAGGUAGCGAUUAACUGGUCUGGAGGCUGGCAUCAUGCAAAGAAAGACGAAGCAUCUGGUUUUUGUUAUCUCAAUGAUGUUGUCCUGGGAAUAUUACGAUUGCGACGGAAAUUUGACCGUAUUCUCUACGUGGAUUUGGAUCUGCACCAUGGAGAUGGUGUAGAAGAUGCCUUCAGUUUCACCUCCAAAGUCAUGACAGUGUCCCUACACAAAUACUCUCCAGGAUUUUUUCCAGGAACUGGUGAUGUAUCUGAUGUCGGUCUAGGUAAGGGACGGUACUACAGUGUCAAUGUGCCCAUUCAGGAUGGCAUACAGGAUGAGAAGUAUUACCGCAUCUGUGAAAGCAUACUAAAGGAGGUAUACAUAGCCUUUAAUCCAAAAGCAGUGGUCUUACAGAUGGGAGCUGAUACAAUAGCUGGGGAUCCUAUGUGCGCCUUUAACAUGACUCCAGUGGGAAUUGGCAAGUGUCUUAAGUACAUCCUUCAGUGGCAAUUGGCAACGCUCAUUUUGGGAGGAGGAGGCUAUAACCUUGCCAACACGGCUCGAUGCUGGACAUACUUGACCGGGGUCAUCCUAGGGAAAACACUAUCCUCUGAGAUCCCAGAUCAUGAGUUCUUCACAGCAUAUGGUCCUGAUUAUGUGCUAGAAAUCACGCCAAGCUGCCGGCCAGACCGCAAUGAGCCCCGUCGAAUCCAAGAGAUCCUCAACUACAUCAAAGAUAUUGUGUUUCUUUGCAGUUUCUUGAUCUAAAAGAGCCUAGAGACUAUGGGUCAACUGUGAAUUCUGAUGUCCUAGGAGUUGGUUUCCCAGUCUCUCUCAGAAUAGUGGAGAUGGAACUGUUGCCCUAACCUUCCCUUCCCUAAUGCUGGCUUAGAAUAUUCUGACCUCUGGACAGAGGACAAAUGACAGUCAUGAAGUAAUGCCCACUUAAUCACUGCCCACUAACCGGGGGCACUACCCUCUGCUUUCCAGUAGAACCUCCUUCAUGUCCUCAAGUACUGUUUCACAAUUCAACUCAUUUCAUCUACUUUGAUGUUGUUGUUGUUUUCCAAAGUAUGGUUGGUACACAUUUUCCUGUAUAAUUGAAUCUGUAUGUAUUUAUAUGUAUCUUGGAGUUUCUGGUUAUUUGAAGAGUUAAGAGACCAAAAGUAUCAGAUUGCUUAUGCUAAAGAGUAAAAGCUCUCUGGGAGUCAGGCAGUAGCGCAGCAGGUUAAGUGCAUGUGGCACCAAGCACAAGGACCAGUGUAAGGAUCCCGGUUCGAGCCCCUGGCUCCCCACCUGCAGGGGAGUCGCUUCACAGGCCGUGAAGCAGGUCUGCACAUGUCUAUCUUUCUCUCACCCUCUCUGUCUUCCCCUCCUCUCUCCAUUUCUCUCUGUCCUAUCCAACAACGAUGACAUCAAUAACAACAACAAUAAUAACUACAACAAUAAAACAACAAGGGCAACAAAAGGGAAAGUAAAUAAAAAAUAAAUAAAUAUUUUUUAAAAGUGUAAAAGCUCUGCUUAUUCAUGUCAUGAAUGACUAAUCUAGUACCAGUUCUUCUACCUUUGAUUCUCGCCUUGGAAUAGAAUCUACCAUGGAAGAGAGAUCUGUUUGUGCCAGAGUUAGUCAGAGGAGAUACCUAGGUCUGGAGUAGGGAGUGGAGGGUUUUGGCAAGGCCUUAUUCUCUAGCAGAGCCCAGUCUGUGAGACAACAGAGUCCCAUAAAGACUCCAUGUGCCGGGCUCCUUUGUCUACAGAAAAAUUUCUUGGCUCCUAAGUCAUAGACUCAUAAGAGUAUGGUAUGCUCAAAGCGAUAUUUGUUGCUUCUCUGUGAUGUCUCCGGCCCUUCAGCUUCCCCAAUCCUAUAGUUUCAAGUUCUCUGGUCUCCCAAUAGCUACCAACCCCAAAGCUUAACCUCUAAAUAAAUCUUUCUCCAUUGUCCAUCAUUUAAAGCCUACAAAACAUGUGUAUUCCUGUUCCUUUUCUAGUCCUUCUGUGCUGAUUAACAUUAAUAUCCCCACCCUGAUUUUCUCUGCCUCUCUCAAGUGCAGGACUUAGUUCCUUGCUUCCUUCAGGACUGCUCCUGAACCAAUUUCUCUUGUCCCUCUUCCUUCAUAUUUCUUCCUUGAUAUUUUCCCCCAUCCAAGCUCUAAAUUCUGGUCAAACAUAGACAAAGCCACAGAAACAGAGAAAUUAAACAAACCUUUGCAAUGACUUGCUCAUAGCUGUACAAAUGCAAAUAUCUGUAUGCUUUCCUACACAUAUUCCCAGCGUGGUGACAAUCUGACAUUGACAAAACGGAAAUAACAAUAAUAACAACAAGGGCAACAAAAAUGGGGGGAAAUGGCCUCCAGGAGCAGUGGAUUUGUAGUGUGGGCACCGAGUCCUAUCGAUAACCCUGGAGGCAAAAAAAAAAAAAAAAAAAACCAAGGAAAUGACAAGUAUGAGAAGACAUAAGGAAGAUAAUGCAAAAGGGAAGAAAACUGGGAAAAGUAAGAAACCCAAAUGAUAGGGUCGGGCUCUGGCACACCCAGUAAUGCUCACAUGUCACAAUGCAAGGUGGGAAGCUUCAUAGGUGGUGAAGCAGGUCUGCCAGUAUCUCCCUUUCUCUCUCUGUCUCUGUCUUCCCCUUACAUCUCAAUUUCUCGCUGUUUCUAUCCAAAAUUAAAUGAAAUUUUAAAAAGGAACCCAAAGGAAAUACAUUAUGGGAAGACUAGAGUGAAGAUUAGUGAAGAAAACAAUAGACAAAUUUAGAGGGCGUGUAAGUCGAUAUUGAAGUCAAGAUUGUUAAAAGAUCCUAACAAGUUAAAGCAGUAUUCUGGUUAUAAUACAAUUAAAUAAAACUGGGAGAGAAUAUAUGAACAAGGAAUUCGGUCCUCUAAAGCAGCCAGCCACAUACAAGAGGGGAAAACAUGGCUUGUCAGCUUUUCAUGUUAAAUAGUCAGGAUUUUAGUCAACAGAGAAAGUAAUGUGAGUCUCCAGGGCAAGGUAGCCCUCAGAGAUGCUAAUAUGGUAUUGCCUUCACUUGGAAAAUAUGAGUUAGGUAGACAGCAUAGUGGUUAUACAAAAGACUUUCAUACCUGAGUCUCUGAUGUCCCAGGUUCAGCAGUGCCAUUAAGGCAGAGAUGAGUAAUGCUCUGGUGUCUGUCUGUAUCUCUCAAAUAAGUAAAUAGACAAAAAUAAAAAAGGCUCUAAACAAAAAUCAGAACUCCAGGAGGUAAAUUGGGAUGGGAAGAAAACUGAAUCUCAGUCUCCACAAGAUCUGAUUGGAGCGGCCUUAGACUUUGGGGAGAAGAAAGGAGAUCCAUAAUGACUUAGUGACAUAGUCUCUAUUUCAUGUCUAUGAGAGAUGACGUAGACAAGGCUUAUCUGGCAACAAGGCACAGAGUAAGAUGCUGUGGGUAGAUAUUAGACAAAGGCAGAUUUUCUUUCAAUAGGAAGAUUUCUAAUAAGUCGAACUAUCCAAAGUGGAACAGACUGCCCAGAAAGGAAUUGAAUUUCUGUCAGUUGUCCUGUGGAGGGGCUCCUGCAGUGGAUUAGACUGUUGUUAAGCUUCCUUCCACCUUUAAGAUUCUAGGAUGCUAUGUGUUAAAAAGAAGAAGAAGAAGAAGAAGAAGAAGAAGAAGAAGAAGAAGAAGAGGAAGUAGAAGAAGAAGUGACUUAAAGUGCAAGGACCCGUGUAAGGAUACCAGUUCAAGCCCCCAGCUCCCCACCUGCAGGGGAGCCACUUCACAAGUGGUGAAGCAGGUCUUCAGGUGUCUUUCUCUCCCCCUCUCUGUCUUCCCCUCCUCUCUCCAUUUCUCUCUGUCUUAUCUAACAACGACAUCAAUAAUAAUUACAACAAUAAAACAACAAGGGCAACAAAAGGGGAUAAAUAGUAAAUAAAUAAUAAAAAUAAAUCUUUGAAAAAAAUAGGAUGGAGACGAAUAAGUAAACAGGAAAAAAAUUAAGCGAAUAUGAUGAGAACACAGGGUUUGAGAGAUGAGUCACAGUGGUUGAGAGGUUGGGGGUGGAGGGAGGUAAGGCUGCUAUGGAAAAGAAUUGAUAAGAAAAAGAUACUUAGUAGCUGAGAGUGGGUGGAGAGGACUCAGGGAGGUAGACAACAAAUAGGGUGGCUAGCAAAUACUAAGAAUGCUCAAAUGUCCCAUUUAGUCACUCAUUUUGUACCGACAGCAUUGUGUGUUCUAGUAUGCAAGUAAGCAUAACGCUCAAGUCAGAAUUUUUUAAAAAUCAACUAAACCUAGAAGAAAUGAAGCUAGAAAGCAAUGCAGAUGUUGCUAAAAAUGGCCACUUUAACCUGCUGUACUGAGACCAUGCCCCUCUAGCCUGGUGACGUAGACUGCCAUCAGAUAGUGCGUUGCCAUGACAAUGGUCAGUGUGGAAAGGCUGCUGAAUUUUCUGUGUUCUGAAAGAUUUUCCUGAACCUGCCCACAAAACUGUCAUUUGUCCUUGAAUAUAAAAACCUCAACAAAACAAACUGUUUUUCCCCAUGCCUCCCUCCCCCUCCCUUCUCCUCCUCCCCAUCAAAACAAAGGAGGAAGAGGCGCAGAUUGUUUUAGGGAAGUGGAUGGACCCAAUUCCCCUCAAAGGGAGAGAUUUUAUGCAGGUUGUCUUGUUGAAUUUUCUCAACCUCUGAACUUUCAUUUGUUUUCUCACUAUAUUCCUUAGAAGCACUAAAGAUGGGAUGUUAUCCUAAUGGAAAAUUAAGCUUGAGGAAGGUCAUCUUACAGCAAUGCAUCCCAUAUACCACAGGUAGACUAGAGAUAUAGGCAAAUCUACAUAUUUUCUUAAUCCAGCUUUACUUCCCAUUAGACUUUCCAUGAGGGAGCAAACAAACAAAAAAAGACAAAAAUAAAACCAUAAAGAUUCAAUUCCAGCUAUUUGCUUUAUACAGACAGGAGUUGUUUUUCUCAUGUCAGUGGAUCUUGAGGCUAUGUCAUUGUUCUGAAAUAUGUGUGAAUUAGAGAUUAGAUGGUUCACUUUAGCUCAUAAUCACUAGUAUAAAAAAAUCAUCUCCACAACACCCUCAUGCUGUCGGAUCUCUUUAUGUUUCCUCUAGUUGACGUGCUCUAGAGGAACUAGUUCAUAGUGAACCAACCAGAGUUGAAAUAGUGAUCUGUGCCAUAGACAGCUAGCUCCCUGUGCUUGGCUUGCUCUCUGUAGGGAAACAAGGAUAGAGGUUUUCUCAUCACUGGUACUGAUGACAUUUUAAAAAA